AUGGAAGAUUCAAGACUCAUCUCCACCCAAGAAAUAUCUCAACACAAUUCCCCCGAAGACUGUUGGCUCGUAAUCGACGAUGGCGUCUGGGACUGCACAUCGUUCAUCAACGACCAUCCCGGAGGCCCAGCUCUCAUCCUUCGCUACGCCGGCCGGGACGCCACGAAAGAAUACUCAGAAAUCCACACCCCCUCCACCGUCCGCAACAGCCUCUCCCCAGAAUGCUUCAAAGGCAACCUCGACCGCUCAACCAUAGACUCCACAUGGCUCCAAUCCCCCACCCCCUCCAACCCCGCCCAAGCCGUCCCAGACGGCGAAAAACCGCCCCUACACACCGUCAUCAACCUGUACGACUUCGAAGACAUCUCGCGGCGCACGAGCUCGCCCAAGACGUACGCGUUCACAUCGACGGCGUCGACGGAUUGCUGGACGCGGGAUCAGAAUAUCGCGAUGCUGCGGCGGAUCUGGUUCCGGCCGAGGGUGUUAAGGGAUGUCAAGGCGGUGGAUCCGGCGAGUGAGAUUUUGGGGGUGAGGACGAGGAUGCCGGUGUUUAUUUGUCCGACGGGGUUGACGAAGAUGAUGCAUCCCGGGGCGGAGAAGGCGAUGGGGAGGGCGGCGGAGGGGGAGGGGAUUGCGCAGAUUAUUUCGACGAACUCGAGUUUUCCAGCGGAGGAGAUUCUGAAUGAAGCUCCUGGGGUGCCUUUGAUGUUCCAGUUAUACGUUAACAAGGAGCGGAAGAAGACUGAGGAGCUUCUCGCCAAGCUGAACACGCUCAACGUCAGGGCGAUCUUCUUGACCGUAGACGCAGCUGGAAGAGGGAAAAGAGAAUCCGACGAACGCCUCCGAGUGGACGAGGUCAACCCCGUAACAGGCAAGAAAGGAGGCGGUCUCACCAAGAUCGCUGGCAGCGCCUUCGACCAAGGCGUAACAUGGGACGACAUCAAAUGGAUCCGAAGCCUCACCAAACUCCCCUUAAUCCUCAAGGGAAUCAUGACCGCCUCCGACGCAAAACUCGCAAUGGAACACAAAGUCGACGGCGUCAUGCUCUCCAACCACGGCGGCCGCAACCUCGACUUCACGCCGCCCUCUAUCCUCAUCCUCCUGGAAAUGCACCGCCAAUGUCCCGAGAUCUUCGACCAGAUGGAAGUCUACAUCGACGGCGGGUUUAGGAGGGGUGUAGAUAUUUUGAAGGCGCUUUGUCUGGGGGCGAAGGCGGUCGGGUUGGGGAGGCCGUUUUUGUUUGCGUUGAAUUAUGGGGAGGAGGGGGUAAGGAAGGCGGUUGAUAUUUUGAGGGAGGAGAUGGAGAGUGCUAUGAAGCUCCUGGGCAUCACCGACCUAUCUCAAGUGCAUCCUGGACUGGUCAACACGUCCGACGUCGACCAUCUGGUGCCUUCGACGCUCGAUCAUCCUUAUGCAAAGUGGCGGCCAAAAGCAAGGCUGUAG